CUAGUGAGGUGUGUGGUGUCAGUCGUUGUCACACAGCAGGACGUACGCUGCACGGCGCUACACGGAGACACUGUGUGUCUGUGUGUGAGUGUCGCUUUCCAGCCAAGCGAGUCCCGUCUCCAGUGUCUUUUUACGUCGCCGUGGACAGUGCGUGGUGCUCGUCUUAAGGUGUGCUGGUGAGUGGCGCCUUAGGGCGGGUGGCGUGGAUGGUGCGGACAUCCCGGUCGACUGGCCGUCACGCAGCCUAAGCGCAGCGGCAGAUGCACGGCGCCCCACAGGUACACGAUGGCACUGUUCAGGUGCCGCAGCACUCGCAUGGUCCUGGUGGCGCUGGGCCUCGCCACGGCCGCCAUCAUGACGUUGGGUUGGUGGUGGCGACUACUGGGGGCAUCGCGGCCAUUCCCAGGGCGAGACCCAGUCUUCCUGGAAGCCACGGGGCACUCCCAGGCCCCGCAGCUCUACCGCAGCACACACACGCGGCUACAGACGCACCCUGAUACAGCAGUCCCCGCUGACCGCUUCUGGCAUCUGGACCUAAAAGGCGGCGCCCCCAGGGUAGAGGUGCUGGAAAGCCUAAUGGUGUUGGCGGCGCGGGCUGGAGCCACGGGCGUGCUGGUGGAGUGGGAGGACGCCUUUCCUUAUACGGGCGCCCUUGCAAACUUGUCAGCACACACCGCCUACACCAUGCAGGAGGUGCACCGCAUCGCCGAGGCGGCCAAGGGAGCGGGACUCACACUGGUGCACCUGAUGCAGUCUCUGGGGCACCUGGAAUACGCCCUCAAGCUGCCGCAGUGGGCAGAGUUGCGGGAGGGCGAGAGCCCGGCAGAGGCGUGCCCUUCCCGACCCGCCACGGCCCGCCUGGUGACUGACGCCAUCGACCAACUGAUGAGUGCCAUGCCCUCGUCCCUGGUGCACAUUGGCGCCGACGAGGUAUUCACGCUGGGCCAGUGUUCUCGCUGCCGCGCGCGGGACAUGACCCCACUCAAUCUGUAUCUGCACCAUGUGCUGCACGUGGCCAAGCACGUCAGGACGCGGUGGGGCGUGCGUGUGCUCAUGUGGGACGACAUGGUGCGCCGCGCUCCCGUGCAGGCCCUACGCGCGUUGGCGGGCGUAGCGGAGCCCGUGGUGUGGGCGUACGGCCCGGACGUCACCCGCAUGGUGCCUGCCUAUAUCCUUAGGACCUAUGCCGCCAUCUUUCCUAAAGUCUGGUUGGCGCCGGCCUUCAAGGGCGCCACCGGUCCGCGAGCCAUCAUGCCGGACGCCGCUCGCCACGCCGCCAACACGCUGGCGUGGGUGCAAGUCGCCCAGCGUAUGCAACACGCGCGCCUCAACGUGGCUGGCCUGAUCAUCACCGGCUGGUCCCGCUACGACCACUUCUCAGUGUUGUGCGAGCUGCUGCCCCCCUCCACGCCCUCCCUGGUGCUGACGCUGCUCACUGCCUCCCGCGGCAGCCUCACCCCCGCCAGCCUGCAGGACGCACACGCCCUCCUCGACUGUCCGCCGCACGUCAUGCUGAAUCCUGCCCAGGACCGGCACCUGUGGGCUACCCGGGACUGUGCCUUCCCCGGGGCCAACGUGGCCGCGCUGCUGCACCGCUUCGCACGCCUUAGGGACGACGUGAAGGACAUGCACCACGAGGCAGAGGAGAAGGGCGGCUGGCUCACACCCUACAAUCUCCGCUAUAAUUUUUCCUCACCGGCACGGGUGCGCGAGGCGACAAUGAGCCUGAGGUCCCUCUCCUCCAGCCUGAAAGAGAUGUAUGAGGAAGCGCGCGCGGUGCUGUCACAGUACCACGACACCCACACAACCAAGGAGUGGACGGAGCAGCAUCUAGACCCCCUCAACACCACACUGACCUCUCUGCGCCGCGCCGCCACCACCCUACUUAGCUUCACGGUGUGGCCCAGACGACCUCUCGACUUGACUCGUCCUAACCAACUCACCAAGACACUUCGAAAUCACUCCCACUCUUCACUAACCCUCUAAACACAUAUUUAUAAUAAUAUUCCUAUUAGAAAAUGCAAUAAACGAUUCAAUAA